UCCUCAGUGACACCUUCUUUGGUGACCUAGUUUGACCCCAUGUGACGUAACAGACUCGCACUACUGCUCACACCAACAGCGCCUACGCACCCGGAAGUCAAGAUCAGUUCUGCAUGUGUAUCGUAGGGUUCGGUUUGAUAUAGAAAGUUACUUUUGUGACGCUCCUGGUGGUGGUGGUAAAGCCAUCAUGGAUAGUUUCCAUGUGGUAUUCAAGUUCCUUAUGUAUUUGUGUGUCCACAGCCUACUUCCAGUGGCGGAAAGUGGCGAUACCGUGGAUUGCUCUACUGAUUCCAGAGGCUUCAGCAUCGACACCUUCACCGUCAAUUGCCCUGCUGGAUGUUCUCCAUACCAAUACAACAGACGUGUCUGGGGGACCGGAGUCUACACGAGUGAUUCUAGUAUCUGCCGUGCUGCUAUCCAUGAUGGAAGAAUCACGGAUGACGGGGGACAGGUGACUGUGUACAGGUGGCCUGGGCAGGACUCGUACCAGGGUUCUACUCAGAAUGGUAUUGAAACAGAUGGUUUCUUCUUCAGUUGGAGUAGUUCCUUCGCUUUCACACGAGUAUGCCGUGACGCCCUUGGAAUGGAACAUGGGGCUAUACAGGACGGAGACAUCACAGCUUCGUCUCACCAAAGCAACUGGCCACCCUCUGCUGCCCGGUUGAACGGCAACAGUGCCUGGUUUCCAUCAGAGCCGUUCGCCAGAUCGUGGAUCCAGGUGGAUUUGAGACAACGAAAGACAGUCAGUGGUGUGAUCACUCAAGGUUACGACGGGAGGCAGAAUUAUUGGGUAACACAAUACCAAGUGUGGUAUUUAAACAACGAUGAUGUCUUGACAGCCGUCUCGUCAGCGACAGGGCGUGUAAUGGAGUAA